AUGGCGAGUGGCCAGAGAGAGUUCACUCGCGUGACCAUCGGUCGCAGCGACGGAACUGUCUACAGCUCUGACGAUCUCACAAGGUCCUCUCGUACUACGGUACGCUGGUCUGAGCCCCUUCCAGACGAUGACCCGCGCGUUCUACGUUGGAAAUUCACGAUCGGGCGUGCUCUAGCCGCCGAGAUGGGAUGGCCCAAAGAGAAGGAGUAUAUCGUUGACUUCCCAGAGCACUAUGUGCUAAGAACCAAGGAUCAGAAGGCUAAACAGGGCUCCGACAAGAAGCGCGAAGACCCAUUCAUGGUUGGGCACCCAGCUGGAUGUGCGGAUAAACACUGUUUUCGAAGCCCCGGAGAGUUCGUGUACCACCUGAUCUGGUUGUUUAGCAACUCUACCGAUCGCACACAAUGCCCUUGCAAGGUCUGUGUGGAAGUGACGGACUCUGGUAAGAAGAAAGAACGUCCGAUACCUCUGCCUUUCAAGACUGAGGAUGCAACUCCCACUCCUGUUCCCCAAAAGGUUACCCCGGUGCCUAUUCCCAUCCCCGGAGGUACUCCUACAUCCAGUCCAGCUCCGAUCAAGCCAAGUCCAGCUAUGGCUGCGACGAAAGCUUCACCCGUCACACCAUCACCUGCGCCUGCGCCUGCGCCUGCACCUCCUCUCAGGGACGACACGAUGUUUCGUCAAGGCGAGAUGGUAUGGUUCAAGGCUACAGCUUGGAGAAUUGGCAUCAUUGCAUUGCCCGGUAACAACAAUCCCAGCGCCAACGGUUCAACUUCAGCCAGAUACCUUCUAGCUCCUCUAGGACACUCAGGGCUGGCUCAGCAGAACGUUGUCAAGGGCGAGGAGGACAUGCGCCCAUUCUUGACUUUCAGCGUGCCUCAGAUAGGCAUCGAAGGCUUGGUGGGCAAGACUUACGGCGAGAUUGACUGGCCGACCUUUGCAAAGGGCUUCACCGGGAAUAAGGAGAUCGUGGGUCUCGAAGCAUCUAAGAUGGCAGCGCUGACCAUCGACGGCUCGUAUUCCGUCUUUAACAAAUUGCAAUCAACAGAUCCGACGAAGCAGUUCUAUGGCGGCAUCUUCCUCGGAGCUGAGAACAUUCACAUCGGUGACGCAGUCCGUCUCAAGCCUGUCUCUGGGGAGAGAUUUGUUAUGGAGAUUGGCAAGAUCUAUAUUGACGAAACCGGCCCAAAGUUCCAGGGCAAUAUCUACCGCCCUGUCACCGUUGCGCUCGCCGAACGAGCUAAGUUCCCUCCAGAGACCCAGCCUCAGGGCCCGACGUUCCAGCAGGAGAUGGAGUUCCGCAACAGAGUUCAGGCCGUGCAUAACAUCGCAUGGGUCUGGCAGCUGGUGGAGCAGGAUGCCCUGCGCAAGGAGCUGGAUGUGGCUGGCAGAUUCUACGUCACGCCCAAGCUGAUGAAGAUCUUGGAUCCUGCGCGAUUUCAUACCACUGUUGAGAGUCACGUUGUGGACGACGCCAUGUCCUACUUGAACAACAGAAUGCAGAGCGGAGGAAUACGAUACAUUGGCAAACGGCCCAACAGAAGAACGACUGUUGGCCAGGCCGUCAGCACCACGCUUGCCAUGGGCGAGGGCAUAUCUGAGGAGAACUACUGA